AUGCUUUUCGGAUCUAAUUCCAUCAAGACUGAGGUUAGAAACAUCAUUUCUCUAUUGCUUGAUGAAGUGCUACAUCCAUUCUAUAUUUUCCAGGUUGCCAGUGUUUGUGUUUGGUUGAGUGAAAAUUAUUAUGUGUAUGCAGUUGCAAUUGCAGUCAUGUCAAGUAUUUCAUCCAUUAUUUCAAUGUAUGAAACAAGAACAAACAUGGUCAAACUUAAGGAAAUGACAACAUUUAAUUGUGGAGUUAACAAACUUUCUCAACACAAUAGUAUUUCCAAACAUCGUAUUGAUUCAACGGAGCUUCUUCCUGGGGAUUUAAUUGAAAUUGAAAAUGGUAUGGUAAUACCUUGCGAUUGCGUCUUGCUUCAUGGACAAACCAUUAUGAAUGAAAGUAUGCUCACAGGUGAAAGCACUCCUACUAAGAAAGUUCCAAUACCAAAAUCUGGAACUGAAACAGAAAAGUACAAUUGUAUGCGCGAUAAGACUCAUACUCUCUUCUCUGGUACUCAAGUAAUUUUGAAUAAGCCAACAGCUCUCUAUGAAUCCUCAGAAGAGGAGAUUGUUUGUGCCAUGGUUAUUCAAACUGGUUUUCAAACAGCAAAAGGAAAAUUGGUCUUGUCAAUUUUGUAUCCCAAGCCAAACCAAUUUUCUUUUUACAGUGACUCUAUGAAAUUCUUAUUCAUGAUGUUCUUGUUUGGUAUUGCUGGUAUUUCGUACAGUUUGUACAAUCAAAGUGUUAAGAAUGCUCCAUUGGGUGAAAUGAUCAUUUCUUGUUUUGAUUUAUUAACUACUAUUGUACCUCCUGCAUUGCCUAUUUCAAUGAGUGUUUGUGUUUCUAUGGCUAUUUCUAGACUCAAGAAAAAGGGAAUAUUUUGUAUCAGUCCUCCAAGAAUUAAUGUCAGUGGGCGUGUCAAUAUGGCAUGUUUCGAUAAGACAAAUACACUAACCAGAGAUGGUCUUGAUUUGCAUGGCGUUGUUCCAAUAGGACCAAAGGGAUUCGAACACUUGAUUAAGGAUAAUGAAAUGUUGAAUCAUUUAAAGCAUGCCACCAAUUCAUUACUUCAUUGUAUGGCUUGUUGUCACAAUUUGUCAUAUGUUUUUGGAAAGCUAGUGGGUGAUCCUUUGGACGUUAAAUUAUUCGAAGCCACAACCUGGGAUUUGGUCGAAUCAGAUAAAGCUAGUACCAAUCAAAAUAACAAGAAAGCAUCGUCUACCAACUCUAUUACCAUCUCUGCACCACAAAAGACUGCAUCAUUUAUCAUCCUCAAGAUUUUUGAUUUCAAAUCUGGUUUGCAAAGAAUGUCAGUGGUAGCACAAAACGAAAAUACUGGAGAUUUGCACUUUUUCGUUAAGGGUUCCGCUGAAAUGCUCAAGACUCUCUCACAUGCUCAAACAAUUCCAGGUGAUUUUGAAAAGGUUCUCUACAAGUAUGCACAUAAGGGUUAUCGUGUUCUAGGAUGUGCCAGCAGAGUUAUCAAGUAUAAGGAAUUAAACUUGGUGGAUCCUCUUAUUGCCAAAUAUACUGACCAGCUCACAAGAGAGGAAGUUGAAUCUAAACUGGAUUUCCUUGGUUUAAUUUGCAUGGAAAACAAACUUAAACCAGAAACACCAUCUGUGAUUAGAACACUAACCCAAGCUAACUUGAGAGCGUGUGUCAUUACUGGCGAUAAUCCAUACACGACAAUUUGUGUUGCUCGUAAAUGUUAUAUGCUUCCAAAGGGAAAGACUCUUUAUUUGGCUGAAUUUGCAAGCAAGGAAGCACUUGCCAUCAACCAUGUGCAAACUACCAAUGGUCCAUCAAUCAAUGAGGAUAUUAACGAUAAUGCAAUACUAGGCAAUCCUAUGAAACAUUAUCUCCCUGCAUAUGUUGAUGCUGAGAAUCCUUCAUUGCUCCAUAUUAUUCUUUCAUGUUGCCAUAUCUAUGCUAGAGUUUCACCUUCUGGUAAAAUGAAGGUGGUAGAAGAGUUGAUCAAGAUGGGCUACAUGACUGUAAUGUGUGGAGAUGGCAGUAACGAUGUUGAGGCUUUGAAAGCAGCACAUGUGGGUGUUUCUCUUUCAGAGGCCGAAGCAAGUAUUGCUGCACCUUUUACAUCAGUUCAAAAUUCAAUUCGAUCAGUUGUGGAUGUAGUUAAGGAAGGAAGAGCUGCACUCUCUUCCAGUUUCCAAAUGUUCAAGUACAUGGCCUUGUAUAGCUUGUUUGAAUUCUUUGCGGCCGUUCUCAUCUAUAGACAAAAUGCAACAAUUGGUGACACACAAUACUUGUAUAUUGACAUGUUCAUUAUUUUACCUGUUGUUCUAUUGAUGGCCAAUUCCAAAGCCACAGAAACUCUCCAUAAGGAAAAACCACCAGAAUCUCUCUUCUCUAGAUUUGUUCUUGUUAGUUUGCUUGGUCAAAUUUUCUGGGGAUUUGCUUUAAUGUUGGGAGUUUUCUUUGAAAUUUUAUUCGAUACAGCAUGGUACAAACCUGCUCCA